GUGUCUUCGGUGCCACUGCUGCAUCAGUGAAUGACAUGAGGAUGUGAAAGAAUACAGCGGGCUGGGCAUUUGAUUUUAAAGCCAUUCUCGAACGGAAUGCUAUAUGGACGAUGAGGAAUAAACUAAGGACUGACUGAGGAACGGCCUGUAUUUGAGCCUGAGUCUUCCUCACCUGCCAGCCAUGGACUAGUCGAGAGGAGUGUGUGUUCGAGAGUGUGUGACGCAGACAUAAGCAUGGUGGGGAGGUGGCUGCUCAACUCCCAUUGAGAUCACAGAAAAUGAGAGCGUGAAGCUGCAGGGCAGGCAGCGCAGCCACAUGAUCCCAUGACUCUGGACAUGGAUGCGGUCCUGUCAGACUUUGUUCGGUCCACGGGGGCAGAACCGGGUCUGGCACGAGACCUGCUGGAAGGCAAAAACUGGGACCUGAGCGCCGCUCUCAAUGACUACGAGCAGCUCCGGCAGGUUCACACUGCCAACCUGCCCCACGUCUUCAAUGAGGGCCGUUACUACAAGCAGCCGGAGCGUAGCAGCACCCCGCAGCACAUCAGCAAGCCUGAGCAAUGCCUUCAGAAACAAGAGGACAACACUCAGGAGAAGCGUCUGUCCCGGGGCAUUUCCCACGCCAGCUCUGCCAUCAUGUCUCUGGCCCGGCUGCAGGUGUCAGGGGACUGUGCCAGGGAGCAGUUCCCCCUGGAGAUGCCCAUCUACACAUUCCAGCUGCCCGACCUGAGCGUGUACAGCGAGGACUUCCGCAGCUUCAUUGAGCGUGACCUCAUUGAGCAAUCCACCAUGGUGGCCCUGGAGCAGGCCGGUCGUUUAAACUGGUGGUCCACCAUGUGCACCAGCUGUAAGAAACUACUACCAUUAGCGACAACAGGAGACGGCAACUGUCUUCUGCAUGCGGCUUCUUUAGGAAUGUGGGGCUUCCAUGACCGAGAUCUGGUGCUGAGGAAGAGUCUGUAUGCCAUGAUGAAGAGCGGAGCGGAGAGAGAAGCUCUGAAGAGGAGGUGGAGGUGGCAACAGACUCAGCAGAACAAAGAGUCGGGGCUGGUUUAUACCGAGGAGGAAUGGGAGAGAGAGUGGAACGAAUUGCUGAAGCUGGCCUCCAGUGAGCCACGCACACACUUUAGCAAGAACGGCAACUCCAGCGGAGGGGUGGAUAACUCAGAAGACCCGGUUUACGAGAGCUUGGAGGAGUUCCAUGUGUUUGUACUGGCCCAUGUUUUGAGAAGACCUAUCGUGGUGAUUGCCGACACCAUGCUCAGAGACUCUGGAGGCGAGGCUUUUGCACCCAUUCCCUUUGGAGGGCUGUACCUGCCGUUGGAGGUGCCUCCCAACCGCUGUCACUGUUCCCCGCUGGUGCUGGCCUACGACCAGGCCCACUUCUCAGCCCUGGUGUCCAUGGAGCAGAGAGACCAGCAGAGAGAGCAAGCCGUCAUCCCGCUGACCGACUCUGAGCACAAGCUGCUAGCGUUGCACUUCGCAGUGGACCCUGGGAGGGACUGGGAGUGGGGGAGGGAUGACAACGACAAUGCUAAGCUGGCAAAUCUUAUUCUAUCACUGGAAGCUAAAUUAAACCUUCUGCACAACUACAUGAAUGUAACAUGGAUUCGAAUUCCUUCUGAAACAAGGGCUCCCUUGGCUCAGCCCGAGUCGCCCACUGCCUCUGCAGGUGAGGAUGUACAGUCUCUGGCAGAAUCCAUGGACUCAGACCGGGAGUCUGUUUGCAGUAACUCCAACAUCAAUAAUGGCAAGUCGAUUAAAGAGAAGGACAAGGACAAGCAACGAAAGGACAAAGACAAAACAAGGGCAGACUCAGUGGCCAACAAACUGGGUAGCUUCAGCAAGACUCUAGGUAUAAAACUUAAGAAGAAUAUGGGUGGCCUUGGAGGACUUGUCCAUGGCAAGAUCAGCAAGUCCACGUCAACAAAUGGUCGAACGGUAGAGAAUGGAGAGCAGAAAUCCAAGAAAAAGGACUCGAAAACACGCAAAGGAAGCAAAGAGGAGUCAGGCCAGUCGGCCAGCACAUCCUCCUCAGAAAAGGCAACCAGCCCCUCUCCUACAGACCGUGCUUCUGGUAGCUCACCUGUUGAGAGACCGCCAGGAUCAGGCAAAAACUCGGGUGAUCGGACACUGGACAACUGGAAGUACAGCACAGAUGUCAAACUCAGCCUGAACAUACUUCGGGCAGCCAUGCAAGGUGAGCGCAAAUUCAUCUUUGCUGGGUUGCUGCUCACCAGCCACCGACACCAGUUCCAUGAGGAGAUGAUCAGCUUCUACCUGAGUAGCGCCCAAGAACGCUUCAGUGCUGAGCAGGAACAGAAGAGAAAGGCUGAGGCUGAGAAGAAGCCACAGACCAAUGGGAUGGCACUAAAGAAGCCAGAACAGGAGAGUGUUUUCCAAAGGGAGCGUUCAGAUAGCUCUCCACCUGAGAGCUGCUCACCGGUGUUGCAACCUAGCCAUAAUCCUUCCCAGGCUGUAAAGGUCCAAGAACGGGGAAGCCCAAAGCUUGCUGCUUCUCCUAUCCCAAUACCCAUCCCAGCUUCCAUCCCAGGAUCCUCCAUGUCCCCUAUCCCUUUUUCCUCCCCUAGUAAUGGUGCUAAGAGACCUGGACCAGUCCCUGUUUCAGCUCACUAUAGCCAUACACCACCUAUCCAGAGGCACAGUGUCAUUCAUCUGAGGGAUGUCAAUGUGCAGUCAUCCAGCUACCAAGAUGAGUCUUACAAGCCAACGGUUGGCACUCUUAAAACUUGUGCUACCUACCCCCAGCAAAACCGCUCACUGUCCUCUCAGAGCUACAGCCCAGCCCGCAUGUCUGGUAUCCGUACGAUUAAUGCCGUAGACACCCUCCCGUACAACAUGCCUGGGGAACAUAAGUCCCACACUUAUACCAACGGCUUCAACACUGGCGACAUCCGGGACUGUUUGGAGUUUGCAGAUGAGGACCCGGUGCCCCAUGCCUGGUUGGGGCAGGACAAAACCAAAGGGCAGAGUGGUGUUUGCCCAAUGUACUGUUUUCAGCAGAAACGUUGCAGGAGGGAGAACUGCACCUUCUAUGGCCGACCCGAGACAGAGAACUUUUGCUCAUACUGUUAUAGAGAGGAGCUGAAACGCAGGGAACGAGAGGUGAAGGUGCACCGACCUGGAUAGCCCUCCAAAUGUGCACACAAAUAUAGCCACCCCCAAUGUGUGUGAAAAAGAUCAGCGACACCACCACCUUUUUGCACUUUGCAACUGAUACAAAGAACUGGCAUAACAUUUUCCUACUAUAUUUAAGAUCGGCCUCCUUGUAUUCUUGUUACUUUACUCUCAAUAGCAAACAAACACUGCUUUACAAUGACAGGAAGUGCAACCAGAAUCAGUUUACAGCUUUGGCCAGAGAUUGUGUUAUUGUUUGUCGUAUGUCCGAUUUAAUUCAAUCUUUUACUUGUUCUAGAGUAAAAGCUCUCGUCUGUGCAUUUUGCUCAGUCUGUUGUAAAACUCCUUGUACCUGCAGAAAGAGAUGUAAAAGCAUACGCUAGUCUCUAACAGAGCUUCCCAAAUCAUGGAAGGGAAAACUCUGUUCAGAGGUCAUUAUAAUGCAAUACUUCACAGCAUAGCUCUUUGGAAUCUUAAUAUUAAAUAAUAUUGAUUUGCUGUGCAUCGAAAAUAAUUACAAAGGGAGGGAGAUGCACUGUUCAGCACUCUGAUUUUUUUGAAAGCAAUAAGUUUGGUAACAACUGUCAUCCCUCCCCCGUUUAUCUAUGCAUUCAUGACGUCAGCCAUAUUCUACUUUUCCCCAUAUGAUUCUACGGGAUAUAGAUUAGAUUAUAAUAGGUCUGCUGUACAGGAAUUAUUAUGGUGGAAAAUAUUUAAUAUGUGGCAUAUCAGAGUGUGCUUUUGGAUUGAUCUUGUGGUAUAUAUAUAUAUAUACAUACAUAUAUAUAUAAAGGCAACCUUUAUAUGUAUAUAUACAUACAGAUAAAUGCACACUGCUGUAUAUUGUAAUAUAAAGCCUCUACAUAGGCGGGUUUGCAUUCCAUCAUAAUAUCAAAUGAAACCUCACUAUUGUGUGCUACUUGAACUUGACAUCUGAUACAGUAAGCAUUUGACUUCCAUUCAUUGCUUUCUGUAUUUGCAAUAUUUAACACAGUCAUGUUAGCGAAUGCUAAAUUACAAGAACCACCUUACCUGAGGAUAUAUAUGAAAUGCAAACCCUUAUAUGCUUCAGCAGUGGACUAAAGGUGGAAAGCAUAUGAAACUGUGUUUUUGUCAACUGUUUUAUACCUUCGCUGAUGGCACAGCUUGGCUACAAGCAAUUGGCAACUGCUCAUCAACAUUCUGUAGCACCCAUGCUAACACUGCCAUGCUAGCCUCUCAUGUGCCAAAAUGGUCAUUCACCUCCAUUUCAUUUGUCCUCAGGAAUAUUAGUCUUAACCACACAAUUGUGAUUAUAAUAUACAUAGAAACAUCUAAAUCUAUUAAUGUAAAAUUGGAUAUUUAAAGGUACAAAUCUACCUCUUGAAAGCGUUUUAGGUUUUUGACUCUCAUAGUUUAGCGGUGUAAAAUCAUGUCCUAGUUGAAAUGUGGAAUGUUAGUAGCUAAAAUGUUCAUGUGUAAAAUGAAAAUGAAAAUUCGGUAACACAAAAAGUUCACAGCCAAUCAGAUCAGAAUGAGAUUGCACUGUGGGUAAAGCAAACCAGUGAAACUAAGCGAUAGACAAAAAAUUUUAAAUGUUGCUUGACAUGGUCAUAUUUAGUUUGGACAAACUAAUUUAUUUUUUGUCAGGUUGUAUCAUGAGUGGUUAGGACAUAUUGCCAGACCAAAUCUCUAAAUGUACAAUUGGACAUUUAAUGGUACAAGCCGAAAUUUACCAUAGCAGUGCAAAAACCAUCACAGACGACAACAUGCAAAGCUACUAACUGGCUAACAAGCAUACACGCUCGAAGUGCUAGUUCUCAUUGUGUGCUAGAAAAUCAGGAUGUUACAGAUAACUGCACCAAUCAAGUCAACUAGCAUGACUAGCAUGUUAGCCACUUUGUGUGCCUCUGCUAAGCAAAGGCCCAACCAAGUGCUUUUCUACUUCAUGGACAAGAUUACCAUAAGAGCAGAGCUUGUUGUGUUUUGAUGUGUGGCGGUGUCCAGGUAACCAACGCCGUGUCUCUGUAAGUGUUUUGUCUUUCCUGGCCAAGGAUGUCCACUGCUUCGUUCUCUUCCCACGUUUCUACACCUCCACAAUCAUGUGUGUCUUUCGCUUCCCAUCUUCCUGCUUUUCCUCUCCCUCCUUUAUAUUCGACAAGCUCAUGGACUCUCACUGUCUUAGAAUUGUAAAAUAUGAUUUUGUAUUCAUUUGAGAGUUUUACACUACUUUAAAUUAUUAAUUUGCACAUUAGGUACCAAUGUAAAUAGCAGAAGAAAAAGAGACAAAAUAAGAUUAGUUUAUUGUUAAA